AUGAGUUUCAUGUCGCGCUGUUCUCUUUGGUCAAGAAGCUUAGAAGGCCGAAUCCAGCUCUUUGCCAAGGUAAAUGAUGGUUCUCUGUUCAUUCUGGGUAAACCCUCUCCCUCUAGUGUAAGAUUCAUGGGCAAAAACCAUUUAUCAAGUCUAGCGGGAUCACCCGUACAAUUGAGAAGAUUCUCAAUAAGCAGAGCGAGUUCAUUUUUGCGGAGGUCAAUGAACAACGGGAGUGAUACGAGAUAUGCAAGAUUGAAUAGAUUUCAGCAGUUUGGACAAGAUAGAGAACAACCGAACAAUAGUCUCAGAAAUCUUACGUUGUUUGGUCUUGGCAUUAUGGGUGCCACUUUUUUCGUCACACCUUCAUUGUUCGACCAUGUUCCCCCUUUUACGUAUUUCAAGAGCCAUCCCACGCAUCUUGUGUAUGGUAUUUUAGGUAUCAACUGCGUUGUGUUCGGACUGUGGCAUGUUCCGAAGUACUGGCGAUUCUUACAACGGUACAUGCUUUUGGAAAAAGGUAGCUCCGCCAGCAAAUGGUCGUUGAUUGGUAGUGCAUUUUCGCAUCAAGAAGUGUGGCAUUUGGGUAUGAAUAUGUUGGCGCUAUGGUCUUUCGGCACUUCCUUGGCUACUUUGAUUGGACCUGCCAAUUUUUUUUCGCUCUAUCUGAAUAGCGCCAUAGCGGGCUCUCUCUUUUCCCUGUGGUUCCCACGUAUCGCGAAAAUUUCGAUGAUGGCACCAAGCUUGGGCGCAAGUGGUGCGUUGUUCGGAUUAUUUGGUUGUUUUUCAUACUUAAUUCCUCAUGCUAAAAUAAUGCUAUUCGUAUUCCCGAUACCGGGUGGCGCCUGGCUUUCCUUUUUGGGGCUCAUGGCUUGGAAUAUGGCAGGUUGUGUGCUUCGUUGGGGUUCCUUUGACUACGCGGCUCAUUUGGGCGGAUCGGUUCUCGGAAUUUUGUAUGGAUGGCUCAUAAGUGAGAAGAUCAAACGCGAAAGAGCUAAACGGAUGAGAACUUUUUCACUCUUCUGA